AUGGCUGGCGGUGAAAAUGGGGCUUACGCCUGUUCUUCUCAGUGGAUCACGCCGGAAAUCGUGGACUAUACCAUCUCAAACAGCAUUCCCGCACCCCAAUAUCAAUCAAUCAUGUUCUCCGCAAAGCAGCUUAUCACCGCCUUGACCUUAGCUUUGCUAUCGGUCCACCUGGUGGAAUCCAUGAAAUCGCAAUGCGGUCAAUGGGCUAUGCAGAAGUUGAGCUCAUCAAGCGACUCCGACAAGGUAGUCGUCGCCAAAUUGAUGUCCGCCAAGAAUGAAAGAGCAUUUUUGCAACGCCGCAACGACCCCCCUGGACACAAGGGAAAAACUGUUUCAGGUGGUUCAACAUCAGCCUGUGGCGGUAAGGCUUAUAGUGACAACCAGCAAGGUUCGUGUCUCUGGAAUGGAGCAAACCAAGACAGUAGCCCAAGACAAGGCCUUUACCGAGGUUGGCUCAACGGUGCAAACACAAACAACUGCUUUAAAACCCUCUGGAUAAAUGGUGCCGGUCCCCUCCCGAAAUACGUCCCUGUUCUCGAUGGCUGCCCGUUUGAGGAUUACAACAUUAAGCCCGAAGUGGGAUGUGCGACGAUCUGGGUGACCAAGGCUACAUUGAAGGCACUCGGCGGGAAAGAUGGAGACACUGAGGUGCCCAUCAAGAACUGGGGCUUUUCUGCCGACACUCCAGCCGAAUGA